UUUGUUUUGAUAUCAUCUGUAUCAGGUCAGACACAAGAUGCAUCGGUUGUGUGUGCUUAUUCUAUUAGGUUGUGUGAGCAAUUUCAUUGCAUCUCCAGUGCAGUCAGACAUAGCUCAAACCUUUUUGGAACAUGAAGUCGUGCCCGAUGUGUUAUCUGUGGCUCCUGCUGAAUAUUUGACCGUAAAAUUCCCAAGUGGUGCAGAAGUGAAUGGCGGUAACGUGCUGACUCCUACCCUGGUGAAAGACGUCCCCACACUCUCGUGGAAUGCAAACCCUGACCUCUUCUAUACUGUUGUGAACACUGACCCCGACGCCCCCUCUCGUGCAGACCCAGUAUCGCGGGAGUUUGCACACUGGCUGGUGGGCAAUGUACCAGGAGACGAUAUCGCGGCAGGAGACCGGCUCAUGCAGUACGUCGGAGCUGGACCCUCACUCGGCAGUGGACUACAUCGCUAUGUUUUCCUAGUCUACCAGCAACCAGCUAAACUGGAGUUUGAUGAGCCUAGGAUUAAUAUGACAGCAGAAAACCGUCGUGCCUUCUCGAUCGCAAACUUUGCCAAGAAGUACAACUUGGGCGACCCCAUCGCGGGCAACUUCUACCAGGCUGAGUACGACGACUACGUGCCAACAGUGCAUGAGCAGCUCGGCAUUUAAAUAAAGAAGAUUAGAA